AUGACCAGCUUAGACUCAUCACCAAUUCUCCUCUCGGUGGACCUUCAACAAGGCAUGGUCGAGGGGCCCGAGGAAUGGGGACCCCGCUCUACGCCGUCCCUCGUCACGAAUGUGCAGUAUCUCCUCCAGACCUGGCGUGAAAAUGGAUGGCCGGUUUUUCAUGUCCAGCACGACGAUGUAGCUGACCCGACAAAUAUCAUCAACUCCAAGUAUCCUGAAACAUUUAGAACGCACGCUUGUUCUGCACCUGUAGAGGGUGAGCCCAUAUUCGUGAAGAAUGUGGGCAGCGCCUUCAUUGCUCCGGAUCUGGGUAUAGGGAUUGAGAAACUCGGAAGGAAAAGAAAGAUUGUGGUCAUUGGUAUGGAUGGUUCACAGUGUAUUAAUAGCACUACACGACAUGGAAGUGAUUUGGGCUAUGACUUGAUUGUUGUAGGAGAUGCUUGCGCGAGUUAUGGGAUGGGUGCUGGAUUUGAUUGUGGGAAAACACAUGAAGCUGCUAUGCAGAUGUUGAAAGGAUAUGUCCCGGUUGUGAAGACAGACGAAGUCUUGGGGUUUCUAAAGUGA